ACCUGGAUUCCGGUCAACAAUGGCGUAUAAAACAAGCCAACCAAAAAACCGUUGGCUGGCCUCUGGUGCCCCCACUACCACGCCACGUUGACUCUCUUCCCAAAUCCUUUCGAAAAGUUUCACCGGAUUUCAACUUCCGACCGACCGAUUUCAAGCUCCAGCUUAUCAAUAUCUUUUUCAGUCAUCUCCGACGACUUCCCGACGGUUUCCUCAACCAUCUUCAGCUCUAUGAUCGAGUGAUCUUGCAACUUCUCAAACGUUGGAAUAUGCUUAAAGCAUGGGACAGUUAUAAGGAGCUGUUAAAUAGAAUAGGAUUUCAAAAUUUUAUGUUGUUGAGUUCCUUGAGGAAUGGUAGGCUUAUGAAGAGGAAUCGGUGUUUGUGGGUCCCACAAAUUGAUAUUUGAUUUAGUAGAAGCAAGUGCUGAAUUUGGAGGAGAUGAAGAUAGUACACCCUGUCAUCGUUUUCUUGAUGUUCAGAAUUGAUUGGAAGAAGUUACUCCCUAUCGGAGCCAUUAUCACAAUAACUUUUGCUCUUCUUCAAACGAAAAUGCUUCCUUAUCAACUUAUGACACGGAAUUCGUCUCUUCCAAAUACAAAUCACUUUGAUGCUAACUUGGAGAGUCAAAUCACUCCCCUGAUCAGAGAUAAACAGUCUGAGGCGAUUAUGGUAGACCCUGAGACUCUGCUUAAUUCUUCUGGUCAACAAAUUCAGCCAGUUGCAGUUGUGCAAGAGAAAGUCAAAGUUACCCAAAGGAGGAACAAGACGGAUGUCAUUAAGUCAAAUAUUUCAAUGAAACCAUCUUCACCAUUUUUCUUAUCUGCUUCUGAAAGAAGGCAUAAGCGUUAUCUAAGAGAUAUAAAGAUACUAUCACCAUAUGAAGCACUUGUGUAUGCCAAAAAGGAGGUUGACGCUGUCUCAGUUGGUAUUGAUGACCAUGAUUCAAAUCUAUAUGCCCCUUUAUUCAAGAAUGUAUCUGUUUUUGAAAGGAGCUAUGAGUUGAUGGAGCUGAUACUUAAGGUUUAUAUAUAUCAAGAUGGAAAGAGACCAAUUUUUCAUAAUCCCUAUCUCAGAGGAAUAUAUUCUUCGGAAGGAUGGUUUAUGAAGUUCAUGGAGGCAAACAGACAGUUUGUCACAAAGGACCCAGAAAAGGCUCACCUAUUCUAUCUACCAUACAGUGCACGGCAACUCCAACGUGCUCUCUUUGUUCCCAACUCGCAUAAUAUCAAGCCAUUAUCACUUUUCUUACGGGAUUACGUCAAUAAGCUUGCUUCAAAGUAUCCUUUCUGGAAUCGGACCCGCGGUUCAGAUCACUUUCUAGUUGCUUGCCAUGAUUGGGGUCCAUACACAUUAAAAGAGCAUGAAGAACUGACCAAGAACACCAUAAAAGCCCUCUGCAAUGCCGACACUUCCGAAGGCGUAUUUCUCGCCGGAAAAGACGUUUCCCUACCAGAAACCACCAUACAAAAUCCCCGGAGACCUCUUAGAAACAUGGGCGGUAAAAAGAUCUCCCAGCGUCCUAUACUUGCUUUCUUUGCCGGAAGAAUGCACGGUAGGGUACGCCCGAUACUCCUCAAACACUGGGCCAAUAAAGACAAGGAAAUGAUAAUUUCUGGGCCGAUGUCCUACAAAACAUCCCGAACCAUGUCCUAUUCUCUCCACAUGAAAUCGAGCAAAUACUGUAUCUGCCCAAUGGGUUUUGAAGUCAACAGUCCAAGAAUCGUGGAAGCCAUAUAUUACGAAUGUGUUCCCGUGAUCAUUGCCGACAAUUUCGUUCCUCCGUUGAACGAAGUGCUUGAUUGGAGCGCAUUCUCCGUGACCGUGGCUGAAAACGACAUUCCUAAACUAAAGGAGAUCUUAGAAGCCAUUCCUAUGAAGAGGUAUCUUACUAUGCAACAUAAUGUGAAAAUGUUGCAAAGACAUUUUUACUGGAAUCGUUCGCCCGUUAAAUUCGAUAUGUUCCAUAUGAUUCUACAUUCGAUUUGGCUUAGCAGGCUUUACCAAAUUCAGAUACCAACAUCAUCUUAGUUCUUAGAAUUCGAGUUCUUUCUAUUUGUUUCACUUACCCUUUUUGCAUGUCGGGGGGAUUCUUGUCAGACUCCCUGUAGACAGAAGUAAAGUCUGUGUACAUCUUACCUCCAGAUCCUACCUUCAGAUGAGAUAUACUUGGUUUAUGUGGUUUUUAGUUCUUAGAACUCGAGUGCUUUCUAUUUGAUUUACUUACCCUUUUUGCAUCUCGGGGGUAUUCUUGGAAACAACCUGACUAAGAAGUAAGUCUCCAUACAUCUAUCUCCAGACCCAUAUGGUAUAUACUUGGUUUGUUUUAGCCUUUAGUUCUUCAAACUCGACUCCAGUUUGAGAUGAGAUUCAAGAAACCGGAGGAAAUCUUGGACUAGAUCAUUCUCCUUGGUGUUAGAUCUUCAUUUAUUUGUUGUGUGAUCAUAUAUAGCUGGUGAUGGUUAUGAGACAUGUACAGUGAUACAACUUCAGAGGGUGGUACCUCAUUGUGUGAUUCGAGUCGGGUAUUUUUAGAUCAUAAACAAACAUUUUGAUUUGGUUAUUUGUUGUACGUGACAUGUGAAAUCAUGUGUAUGUAUUGUAUAUAUAUAUACGUAUAUUUGGUUGUGUGUAUAUGUAUGUAUGUAUGGGUUCCAUGUAUUUCUUUGACAUCAGUAAUAAUUAUAAAGUCAGUAUUUUACUGAACUAA